ACCACAGAAAAAUCUCUUUAAUGUUAAACUUAGGCAACAGUUCCACAGUUUGUUAAUCCAAGGCUAUGGAUUCUGAAUCAAAGCACAGUUACAUAGGAAGCUUUCUUCAGCCACCAGAUAAAAUACUUCCUGCAGCCUUUGCUCAUAGUGAAUCAAAGAAGUUGACAGCUGUUGAUGGUGAAAGGCCUCCCAUCCUCAACAACCAAGCUGUGGUGGCAGCCCUGAAAACCCUCCAAGAAAAGAUCCGCCGCCUAGAGCUGGAGAGGUCACAGGCAGAAGAUAAUCUGUGCAGCCUCUCUGCAGAAGCUGCUCAGUAUAAGAAGGCCUUAGAGCAUGAAUCCUACAAAAAGGACAUAUCACAUCAAGAACUGAUGCAACAGAGGAAAGGUGUAAGUAUGCAGUUAAACGCAGCACAAUCCCGCUGCUCCCUGCUGGAGAAACAGCUGGAUUACAUGAAGAAAAUGGUUUCCAGUGCAGAACUGGAGAAAAAAAUGAUUUUAGAACAACAGACCCAGCUUCAGAGAGAGAAAAAUCAGAACCGGGUGGAGUUGCAUGCAAAACUUGAAAAGCUUGAAGUGCUAGAAAAACAGUGUCUUAAACUUACUGCUACUCAGAGGAUUGCAGAAGACAAGAUCAAACACUUAGAAGAAAAGCUUUGCGAAGAAGAACAUCAGCGCAAGCUAAUACAAGAGAAAGCUGCUCAGCUUCAAACAGGAUUUGAGAUAAAUAGAAUUUUGUUAUCUUUGGCUUCAUCUCAAAAUGAACUGAAAAAGAAAAAUAGAAAGAAGAAAAAAACUAAGAAGAAAAAUCCUACUGUGAAGAGAAUGUACCUUCCGCAAUUUAAUGUAAAGGCUGGUGUGCUACCUUUUGUGGCUGGGAAGUCUGCCAGCUCCAGCCAUUCUGUUAGUGCAAACGUACAAAGUGUGUUGCAUAUUAUGAAGCAUCGCAAUCCUCCUUUCUCAUCGCGAGGCCAGGAGGGAGCUGCAUCUGGGAUUUCAGGACAAACUGUUGCUUCAAAAUCUGUAUCUUCUUUUUCUACAAUAUCUACUGCCACCAGAAAUCUUUCUGACCUUCUUUUGGCCGUGGAAGAUGAGCUGGGCCAAAUGAGUUUUGAGCAUCAAGAACUCUUGAGGCAGAUACAGGGAACUCAUAACUCUGAAGUUCGUGAAGACCUAGAACGGGAAUUGGAUUGCCUUGUAAAAAAAAUGGAGAUUAAAGGAGAACAAAUAUCCAAACUGAAAAAGCAUCAGGCUAAUGUCCAGAAAAUAAAGCAAAAAACUCAGAAAUUGAAGCAAGAGGCAGCUCAUGUCAAACUAAAAUGUGGUGACCAAAAGGAAACAAAGGAAAUUCCAGUUGCUAUAAGGGAAAGUAGGUCUAAGGCUUGUCCUGGGCAGAAAAGCAAAAGCUCUCUUCAGCUGUUAAAGAAUGUGCAGAAACUUCAGUGGACACUGAAAAGAGAUGAUAUCAUGUGGGAACAAUAGUUCAGAAAUUUGCCGUGUUAAAAGUCUUUGAAGUUGCCUAGAAGCUAAUAAGUUUUGAAUUUCACUAAGUGGCUUUUAAAAAUAAAAUAGACAUAGCAUUUCACAUUCUAAACUGCCUAAUCACUAGUAAGUCAGUUUGUUCAGCUCAAAAUUAACUUUCAUGUAGCAUGACUGUAGUUCCAUUACACUGACUUGUAAUAAAGCAUUUUUAAGGUAUUAAUGGG